AUGUUAGCUAAAGGCCACGUGGGCCAUGAAAGAUUACAGAAAAUUAGGCCAGUUAUGGAGACUUUAAAAAAACGAUUUGCUUCUAUACCUUUAGAAGAAGCUUUAUCUAUAGAUGAGUAAUUAUGCUCAACUAAAGCUCGUAAUUUUCUCAAGCAAUAUCUACUAAUGAAACCCAAUAAGUGGGGAUACAAAUUUUUUGUAUUAUGGGGUGUAUCUGAUUUUUCCUGCAAUUUGGAAAUGUAUAAUGACCAGGAAAACAACGACGUUAAUAGGUAUUAAUGGUAACCAGAUAUCGGCGCUUCGGGAAAUGUAGCCGUUCGACUAUGUAAAAUAAUUCAGUUAUAGAUUAUACAGAUACAGAUAUAGACAAUUUGAAGACGUUGAUACGGCGGUAUUCAAAUGGUUUUAAGAUGUUCAUUCUAGAAACGUUCCUCUGACCGGUCCUUUAAUUCGAGAAAAAGCCUUAGAAUUUUCUAAAAUGCUCGAAGUUGAGAAUUUCCAAGCAACUGUCGGAUGGUUAAAUCGUUUCCGUGAGCGGUAUAGUGUGAUGACCAAAUGCAUUUCUGGAGAGGCGAGUGAUGUGCAAAUUUGAAUCACCGAGGAAAAGAAAACGUCACUUCCUAAAGAUGUAAAUUUAGAAGGUCAUCUCAGUACAGAUGACAACGUUUUAACAUGUUAUGAACUAAAUAUCAUGCAAUCCAUUAAAGACAGUAAAGAUGAGGCCACCGAUGAAAGUAGUGAAGAUGAAGAAGCUGUGAUGGGAGAUGAUGUGCGCAAUGUCACUUCAUCAGAAGCCUUAUUAAGUUUGGAAGUUAUGCGAAUAUUCAUUUCAUCACGAAGUGAUAAACCAGACUUCAUAUCUACAAACAUUCACCAACUACAAAAUUAUUUAAAAUUAUUUUUCUAUUAA